CGUUUUGGUCCGUGUGAAGCUUCCUGAUAACUGCGCGCAUAUUAGCUGAUCUCCAUGGAGGGCACUCUAUUGACAUGCAUGUACGUCUCAUAGUUGGGAGACUUUAAUCACUUAUAGAUCAGGUAACGUGACUGCAGCCAACAGCGGAGACUCGUGACGCACGGAGGAAUGGGGGAUCUAGGCUACACCCUGAAGCUAAAAUGUAACUAACGCUUCAUAUCUUUAUAUGUUUUUCUUUCAGGUGAGCAGGACAACAGUUGAAACAGAACAUGCAUAGAGGGUGGUUUAUUGGACAUGAGAGGAUUCCCCUUUCACACGAUGAGACUCCCAGCUCAUCCAGCAGUGUAUCAAGACCCUGCAUUACUAUCAACGUUACUGAAAUGCUUCAAGCUGACAAGCCUAGUGCUGCAAAGAAGCCAAUACCAAUCCGGCCCCCGAGUCACAGAGUAUCUCUGACAAAAGCACCAGAGCUUCAACGCAGUCUCUCCUGUGAACCCAGGCCUAAACCCAUCAUCAGACAGCGAUCACACUCUCUGCCUUCCACUGCAGAGAAGAAGAAGCAAUUCAGAAAUGUUGGCGUACGGUUUGUUGACGCUCUGGGGCUUGACCUGGAGGACAUAAAGCUUUUCAAAUCUGGUGAUGAUCCAUCUGUACCACAUCAUGUUGCCUUUAGAUUGUUGAUGGGUGCAGAGUUGGCCGAUGGAAGGCAUCUGGAGAUAUCUCUGCCAUACUUAAAGCCGGUUUUUGCCCUGCAACCUGGUGACCAACAAGGAUUCAUGCAUCGCCUCCAUAAGCAAAAAGUGUGCCUGGAGAGAGUCUUGUGUUUUGAACUGUGUGUAAUCGGAAUCACCCAGGUUCUCAAUAUGGACUUUGAGAAAGCUGUCAUAGCUCGUUAUUCAUUUACAGAGUGGAAGAGCAGCACAGAAACUAAAGCCUAUUGGGUAUCCACCAAGACCUGGGAAGGAGAUGAGGGUAAACUCAGUUGUGAUACUUUUCAUUUCCACCUGCCUGUUCCUCCAUUCCUUCAGCCGGGAGCAGUGUUACAGUUUGCCAUUCAAUACAAAGUCUGUAGGACUGAAUAUUGGGACAACAAUAAUGGGGAGAAUUACAAGUUAGUGUGCCAUAACUACAAGCUUAAUGUGCCCAAAGAAUGCGAGGAUAGCAUGGUGCACUUCAUUUAGGGUGCAAAGGUACAAACUAGUUAUUUAGAGCACUUUAUGACUUUUGUGAGAUAAACACAUUAUAUAUGAAUAACUGCAGUGUGACAUAUAAUGUUAAUUUUGGAGACUAACGGGAUAUCUUUGAAUCAAAUGAGAUUCAAUACAAACUGUCAACUCUUGAAAAACGUAGUAUGGUUGGACAUUCAAUGCACUACCUGAAGUGCCAUUGUUUCACUCUUGGGAUUUAAAAAAAAAUAUUGCACUCUAUUAUUUGAUAUUUCUAGCUGAAUUUUAGUAAACAGAAGUGAAACCCACUUAGCAAUACGUAAAUAUUCAGUUAUUAUGAAAUGAAAGCAUAUCAGUCCACCAUUAUCUAGCUCGGUGUCUGACUUGGAGAAUCGUUUUAAAAAUGUAUAAAUUGCAGGAAUUUUGUCUGCAAAAAAAAUAAUUACUCUAUUCAGAGUUUAUCUUGAAGUCACAUGUUGUAAACCAAAUGCCAUAACCCUGCAAUAGAUGAAUCAGAAAUGAACGCAUAUUUUGUUUAACAAUAAAGCACAAUUCCACAUAA